AUGUGUUAGUGUGGGCAGGAGAGAAAGAGAGAGGGAGGCAAGAGGUGGAGGAGCGGGUGGUGAAGAAAUAAAGGUGUAGCCCGAUCUACAAUCAAACGAUGGGCUCAUUUCUCCACAUGAUUUUCACGGGGUCUUGCCGUUCAUUCUAAGCAAGCGAGCAGUGUUUCUGACGCUGAAGAAAGAGGAGGUGGCAAACUAUGAUCCGAGGAUGAUUUCUGCCAAGAAAACUCCGGAGAAGAGUCGUUAUCCUGUCCACUAUUUGGUGUGGCACAACAAACACCGACAGCUGGAGAAAGAGCUGGCAACGAACGAGCAGACUGAUUUAGAGUCUCUGGACCCUCGUGGACGGACUCCUCUCCACCUGGCCGUCACGCUGGGCCACCUGGACUGUGCCAGGGUCCUGCUGCAGCAAGGAGCUGACGUUAGCAAGGAGAACCGCAAUGGAUGGACCGUUCUUCAGGAGGCGGUGAGUACCAGAGAUCCGGAGUUGGUGCGUCUAGUGCUUCGUUACCGUGACUACCAGAGGACUGCCAAGAGACUGGCGGGCAUCCCCGUCCUGCUGGAGCGACUGCGCCAAGCCCAGGACUUCUAUGUGGAGAUGAAAUGGGAGUUCACCAGCUGGGUGCCCCUGGUGUCUCGUAUCUGCCCCAGCGACACCUACAGAGUUUGGAAGAGUGGUCAGUGUCUCCGCGUCGACACCACCCUGAUGGGCUUUGAACAGAUGACCUGGCAGAGAGGAAACCGGAGCUUCAUUUUCAAGGGACAAGAUUCCAGCGCAGAGGUGAUGGAGGUCGACCAUGACAGGCAGCUGGUGUUCUGCGAGACCUUGUGCGUCUCGUCUCUCACGGCGCUCUCACCUGGCCGGGCGAACAGCGGCGCCUGCAGCAGCACUGCUGCCGGUUUGGGCCUUCUCGGGGCGGUGCAGCCCAGCGACGAUCAGGUAGCAGCCAGGCUGUCAGCCCCCGUCGUGACCACUCAGCUGGACACCCGCAACAUUGCCUUCGAGAGGAAUAAGACAGGCAUCCUGGGCUGGAGGAGCGAGAAGACUGAGACGGUGAAUGGAUAUGAAGCCAAGGUGUACGCAGCAUCCAAUGUGGAGCUCAUCACCAGGACCAGAACUGACCAUCUGUCAGACCAGAACAAGAACAAGACAAAAGGUGGGAAGACUCCACUGCAGAACUUCCUUGGGAUUGCUGAGCAACACAUGGGGCCUAACAACGGGGCCCUGGUGACCCAGAUGUCAUGUCCGGCGGUGACCAACCCCGCCGCGCUGACGGCCGAGGAAUACUUCAACCCCGGCUCCUCGCCGACUCAGAGGGACAUCGGCCACCCGUGCCAGCUCACCACCAAAACCCAGAGGUUUAAAGCCAAAUUGUGGUUGUGUGAGUCCCAUCCCCUGUCCCUGGCAGAACAAGUGGUGCCUAUCAUCGAUCUCAUGGCGAUCUCCAACGCUCUGUUCGCUAAGCUGCGUGACUUCAUCACUCUGCGCUUGCCGCCUGGCUUCCCCGUCAAGAUCGAGAUCCCUCUCUACCACAUUCUGAACGCCAGGAUCACCUUCAGCAACCUGAACGGCUGUGAGGAGGGGGCCCGUGCCGACAACGAAGUCGGGGUGGAGGGGGACGGACAGAGGGACACCCCGAGGACAGACACCCCAUCUCCGGGCAGCGACUCCUCCAGCGUCUCCAGCUCCAGCUCCACCAUGUCAUGUCGAGCCGGAGAGAUUCCCCCAUGUGUGUUUGAGGCCCCGUCUGGAUACACCAUGCUGGGAGGCAAACAGAGAGACAGCAUGAGGGAGGAGGAGGAGGACCUGCUGCAGUUCGCCAUACAGCAGAGUCUGCUGGAGGCCGGAUCUGAAUAUGAUCAGGUGACCAUCUGGGAGGCGCUGACCAAUAGCAAGCCGGGAACACACCCCCUGUCCUGUGACCCGAGCCGUCUGGAGAGGACCCCCCAGCACAAGCCCCGCCCCCCCUCCAGCCUCUGCUCCACCCCCUCCAAGAAGAAGCCCACCACCUGCAGCUACAACGAGCAGCUGCGCAUCGCCAUGGAGAUCUCAGCUCGGGAGCAGGAAGAGGCGGAGCUUCGGCGGCGACAGGAGGAGGAGGAGCUGCAGCGCAUCAUCCAGCUGUCACUCAUGGAGAAAUGAGAGCUGAGUGGCCCCGCAGGGGUCUGAAGGGAGGGGUCUGGACCAAGGGCGCAUGGGAGAAAAGGGCAGCACAGGCGACUUUAAAACUUAAAGCACACUCUGUAAGUGGGCGGAAAUAAACGCCAGAUUUGUCUUAGCGGUUUCAUACGAUCAAAUCGCCUCCCCCUUCCUCUCCCGUGGCCUUAGCCAGGCCUUUCCCAUGAAGCCAUACGGUGAUGCGGCUGUCCGGCCUCAGACAGCCAGAGAGGGACGUCAGUCUCCUCUUUCUGGUGCCACACGGUACUUUCUUGACCAGUGCCAGUUUACAACCAACAAUACAUCUAAUACAACAAGUUUAGUGGAAUGCCUCCUUGGAUGAGUGACUUCUGUCUGUUUGCAGGUACGUGUGUGUUGUGUGUGUGUGUGUGUGUGUGUGUGUGUGUGUGUGUGCGUGCGUGUUCAAAAACCAGCUCUCCACACAGGGGUCAACAGAUCACCUUCUGUCCUGAAGACGUAGUGUGUUAGGCCAACUCUCUGCUCCAGCACUAACACACACGCUCACUGAGUCCUUUUGCCACCGAGUCGUGUGGCUUUCAGUCUUAACUGUGAUUAAAAAAAAUCAACAAAAAAACAACAACAAAAAAAGCUCGUGUGAAAGGAGCAGUGAUUAGCCAGGACCAGCAGUGUGGAGAAUACCGUAACCUUCUCGGUCAAGUUGAGUUGAAUGUCGACAAACCAUCUGACUUCCUCAGUUUUUAAUGAAAACAGUUUAAAAAAAAACAAAAAAAAAAAACGGACUGGUACAUUUAAUUUGAUUUGCACAAAAUCCAGACGUACUGUACUUAGCUUGUGGGUGGAUCACGUAUAUGACUGUUAAUGGAUGUAGAUGAGGAGUUCGAGCACAAACUGAACUCAGGCCAGUUGUAGUCUUAGCCUGACUGUGGGAGCACAGAUGUAUUGAGAUAUGAUUAAGACUUGGUGUUCUAGCUAACCUGUAUGUGACUGUGAAGGAGUUGGUGGCAGGCCUGUGUGUAAUACAAGCUAUAAAAGGACAUGAUCGUGGUUUGUAAGUGGAUUGUGGAACCGAAAUGUUACUGAAAGAGAUUUUCUGUAUAUUUGCAUCUUCUCACCUUACAUGAGCGGAUGAUUUAUGUAUUUCUGUGUAGUCACGGUACAGUAUGUGUACAAUAUUUCAGCAUGGUCUGCACCCCUGUGAGGUUCAUUUUGUCCACCUUGAGUCUAACCAGGAGACCUGCAAUAUCGGAGCACGCUCUCUGAGGGAAGAUGUACCCUGCAAGAAUCACUGUAGAGGCUUUUGACAGCAAUUUUAGGGUUUAUUGCACCCCGGCAGCAAGUUGGUUGCACAACACAGCGUGCUGAAAACAAAAGCAAAUCUAAUCCAUCGCCCCACAAAACGGCAAAUGUGGAGCAUUCAGUUCUUGGAUUGGAAAGAUUGUUCAAAUCCUGGCUCUCAUAAUUCUAAGAAACUUUAUAUUGCAGGGCUCAAGCCAAACACACAAACAUGUUUUGUUGCAAGAGGCAAGGAUGGACGGGGGGACUGCUUGUAUUCUAUUUCUUUUUUCCUUUAUUAUUAUUUCUUUGAAAGAAAUGUAAAACUUUCACACUCCAAUAUCAGCACAAACCGAGGAGCGCCACCUCUGUCUCCUCUCCAAUUCAUAGUUAAGCUUGCCUGGUUGAUAAGAAAAAAAUACUCAUUUUUUUACUUUUUAAAAAAUGUUGCAGAAAAGAGACGCAGCAAGAUGUUUCCAUGGUGUAUGCUGGGAAGUGAGUUCAGAUGAUGAUUCAAAUAAAGAAGCAUCUUUCGGAGCAGCAAUGCAGGAGUGGGUUAUUUUUUGGUCUAUUUUUGAAUCGCAGCUUUCACGUGCUUCCAUUCCCUUGACCCCACGCUGAGUUUUACCUGCAGCUCUCCACUGUACGUUCGUCCUGCGGUCCUCUCGAGUGAAGGACGGUGACAAAAGCAAUUAAUUCCUCACAAGAUAGGGAGAGCUGCAGCGUAAGUCGGCGCCACAGAGAGCUGAUCUGUUUUUAGCAGCUUCCACCUCCA